CUUGCUUGUUCGGUGUCCCUCGAGAGGCCUCCACUGUCCGGCGUCCCUUCCAAUCCACGGGAAGCGCUACGCUAGGGUUUAGAAAUUCCCCAAAUCCUCGGUCGCUUUUGCUUCUUCGGCACCGGCCAGCUGCGCCGUCGACGAUUCCGACCAUCUACGGUGGCUGAUUGUUCGCGGUGGUGGCAUGAACUGCUAAGAGGACCGCGAGCGCGAUGGCCAGCCUACCUGACGAAAUUCUGGUGGAGAUCCUCUCCCGCGUCCCGUUUAAGUCCCUCUGCCGGUUCAAGUGCGUCUCGAAGGCUUGGCGCGACCUCAUCACUGACCCCCUCAACAGCACGAGGCUACCCCAGGCCCAGGCACUAGAAGGGUUCUUCUUCGUCGCUGACAACUUGAUCGAUUACUUCGACAGUGACGAUGGAGAUGACGAGGACAUCAGCAAUGAUAGAGGCAGCAACGAUACUAACGGUGAUGAUGGAGAUGAUAAAGACAGCGGCAGUAAUGGAGACAGCUAUGACUUGGGCAGUGACGAUGGAGAUUGUGAAGACGCCGAGAGUGAUGAUGGAGAUGGCGAAGACAGCAGCAGUGAUGGAGGCGGCGAAAACUCCGACAUGGACGAUGGAGAUGGCGAAGACAUUAGCAGUGAUGGAGGCAGCAAAAACUCUGACAUGGAUGAUGGAGAUGGCGAAGACAGCGAUGGAGACGACAAAAACUCUGACAUGGAUGACGAAGAUGGCGAAUACAGCAGCAGUGAUGGAGGUGGCGGAAACUCCGACAUGGACGAGGGAGAUGGUGAAGAUAGUGGCAGUGAUGGAGGCGGUGAAAACUCCGACAUUGAUGACGAAGGUGGUGAAGAAAGCGGCAGUGAUGGAGGCAGCGAAAACUACGGCAUGGACAACGAAUAUGGUGAAUAUAGCGGCAGUGAUGGAGGUGGCUAUGACUCACAGUGACGAUGGAGGUGGAGAUGGUGAAGAUGGUGAAGGCAGCAGCAGUGAUAGCGGCGAUGAUAGCCACAGUGAUGAUGGAGAUGGUGAAGACAGGAGCAGUGAUGGAGGUGGCGACAACAGUGACAGUGAUGAUGGAGAUGGUGAAGACAGCAGUAGUGAUGGAGGCAACAGUGACAACUUGCUAUGCCAAAUCCGUGUGCAUUUCGUCGACAUGUUUGGGAGACCCCUGCGUCCUGUGGACCAUUGCUUCCCCUUCCUGACUGAACUGCCAGGCAUUGAGAACAUCUUGCUCUUGAAUGACUGCAAUGGUCUCCUCUUUGGCUAUAUCCAGGAAUCCGGCAAAUCACUUAGCAGGAGCUAUAUCGAGUCCAACCCUGUGACUGAGCAAUGGGUUGCUGUGCCAGUCUCUCAUAGGAAAUGCACCUCUUUGGUUUUCAAUCCGCCUGCCUCUUCCCACUUCCAUUUGGUCCAUAUCAAGAAAAGGGACAUGAUACCAGUGCACAUCUACUCGUCUAAAUCUGGGGUGUGGAGUCCUGUCAGAUGUGACUGGGGUGACCUUCGCAUAGCACCUGGCUUAGGCAGCGCAUAUGCUAAUGGCAUGCUGUAUGUGGUCUUGUACGAGGGGGAUCAGAUAGCUGUGAUGGACGUGGAAGGCAACACAAGGAAGAUCAUCCCUGUGCCCUUUCAGGAGGGCGGUGAGUUCCAGCCAUGUUCGUUGGCCAGUCCCAACUCCCAAGGGCAUUUGCAUUUGAUUUACCAUGCUGACCUGGGUCAUGGUGAAAUCCUCCCAGAACAGCAGAGUAAUGAAUUGUUCAUAUGGGUUCUUGAGGACUAUGAUAUACUGAUAUAGAAGAAUGGGUCCUGAAGGACACUGUAAGCUUUUUGAAGUUGGUUGGAAAGAUGACUGGCCAAACGAUCAAUGGCUUCAAAGUGGUUGCAAUUCAUCCAGAUCACAGUUUGGUAUUUCUUAUUCAGCACUUUAACCGGGAUCUGAUAUCAUAUAACAUGGACAAGAAGUGUCUCGUCUCUGCACUGGCUAUCAGUCCAUCACUCCAUAUGUUCCACUUCAAAAGAGUUGUCAACAUUUGAAAAUAAGGACUGAAAUUUUUGCUUGUGGGCUACUUACUGGGACAUUCCAGCCGAAAUCAGAGUUUCCAGUUAUGUCUUUUUAAUGUUGCUGGCUAUGUAGUAGGAUUGGGCACGAUGCCUUUUACUGGUGCUGGUUAUGUAUGUGGUCCAAUUAAUACAGCAACCUGUUCAGACGUAUAUGUAAGCUAACUGUACACCUAGCUGUCUCUAUGCUUUGUGCUUCCAGAAUUAUAGAACUCCUUACAUAU